UAUCCCUGCGUAUCCGGCCGUCAGAGAUCUCGAGCAGGCAAACAGCUGGGUCUUAGUUAAUUAUCUGCGACGACUUCUGCACCUCCUAUCCGUCAUCCAUCACGUACACGCUAGCUAAGUACUAUGCUAUAAGUAUAAGCUAGCACGGGGAUGUCUCUCAAUUCGUAUCAGUAGCAGCUGUCAACAUAGUUACACGUAGACACGCACACACACGUGGAGCUAGAUAUCGGUCGAUCACCAGUAGGCCGGAGAGGAGAAUUCAUGGCCGCCACCGCCGCAUGCCGGAGCAUGGAGGGGAGAUGGAGUCUUGCCGGCUCCACGGCGCUCGUUACCGGCGGCAGCAAAGGGAUCGGGCAUGCGAUCGUGGAGGAGCUGGCGAUGCUCGGGGCUCGGGUGCACACGUGCUCCCGGAACGCGGCGGAGCUGGAGGAGUGCCGGCGGCGGUGGGAGGACAAGAACCUCCGGGUCACCGUCUCCGUCUGCGACGUGUCCGUGCGCGCCGAGAGGGAGAAGCUCAUGGACACGCUGAGGCAGACCCUGGGCGGGAAGCUGGACAUCCUGGUGAACAACGCGGGGCAGUCCAUGGUGAAGGCGGCGACGGAGUGCACCGGCGAGGACUACGCGCUGGUGAUGGCCACCAACAUCGAGUCGUGCUUCCACCUCGCGCAGCUGGCGCACCCGCUCCUCCUCCGCUCGGCGGGUGGUGGGGCAAGCAGCGUCGUCCACAUCUCCUCCAUCGCCGGCUUCGUCGGCUUCCCGGGCCUCGCCGUCUACUCGAUGACUAAGGGGGCGAUGAACCAGCUCACCCGGAGCCUUGCCGCCGAGUGGGCCGGCGACGGCAUACGCGUGAACUGCGUCGCGCCGGGCGGCAUCAACACUGACAUCGCCAAAGACAUGAUAACGAGGGACCCGGAGAUUGUGAAGAGCCAGGCCACGCAGCUGCCGAUGCAGCGGCUGGGCGAGACGGAGGAGGUGGCAUCGGUGGUGGCCUUCCUCUGCAUGCCAGCGGCGUCCUACAUCACCGGCCAAGUCAUCUGCGUCGACGGCGGACGCACCAUAGCAUAAAAUCGCGCCGAACGUCCUAUACCGAUAAGAAGUCACACAUCGUUCAAAGCUCUUGGACGGAUAAAAAGAUUGCACAGCUAUGUGUCAUUCUCAUUCUCAUAACCAUGUGUGUCAUAGAAAAGACAUAACCAUAUGUGUCAUUCUCAUUCAUGAAUCAUCAAUGAUGUGAAUUUGUCUGC